AUGCAUUUCGUUCAGCUUGUCACCGUGGCAUCUGCCCUUGCGCUGGCCCCUACCGCCGUUGUUGCUCGCCAGGCCGCUGCUGCCUUUGUCACCGUCACCUCGCUAGACGAUUGCCCUAAAGGACUGGCCGAGGAACAGGGCAAGUCGGAACCGAAGAAGGUCACCACUGCCUACACCUGCGAAAGAGUCACGAUCAACCAUUCCCUGUCCUAUUACGCUUUCGACAUUGAGCCCGUGACCCCGGACACCGUUUCUUGCUGCAGGGCUGUCAAGGUCUACGACAACGAGGAUUGCUUGGGCUAUCCUGCUCUGGAGAUUCCUAUCCAGGGACCACUCCAGGACCGAUGCAUCCCUGAACACUACCUCGAGGACGACGUAAAGCACAUCUCGUUCCAGCUCGAGUGCACUGACCAAGGCGAGGACGAGCGCGUCGAGGGAGAGGAACACGGCCCCGAGCAGAAGGGCGAGCAUGGCCCCAAGCAGGAGGGUGAACCCGGUUCCGGGAAGGGCGAGCAAGACGCUGAGCAGGAGGCGCCGGAGAGAAAGGCGGGAAGCCCUGCUGAUAGCCUCGGUGGCCUCAACUCUCUCACAGACCUCCUCGGUUUUCGUCAUACUCCCAUCCCUCUGCUACUGACAGGUCGCGUCACCGUCAACAAAGCCCAAACGGCAAGCAAUGGAAUGGAAUGGAAUGUGAGCCAUCAAGCCACCAACACCGCUGCCGCGCGCCACCAUGAGCUUGACCCGGAAUGUGUGAUCUGGAGACUGUCGCACUAG